CAGCUAGCUGUCCGACGAGUUUUGUUAUUGGCGGAGAAAAAUUACGCUGGUUUAUAAAUUCUCAGUUAAGCCGAUUUCUCAGCUCCUCUCCCCCUUCAGAGAUCUACACAUCUAUAUAUUCCUUGACCGAUUUGCGAUCCCGAAAGUCGAGCGGCCGUGCUUCUAUAUAUUUUUUUUUUCUGUUUUUGCCCCUCGUGCAACAUCAGUGAACUAGCGGCCCACCGUACAAAAUCUCUCACAAAAAAAAAAAAAAGAGAGCAAAAAGUGAAAUUGCCUUUUGCGGCAAGUAAGAAAAAGAAAAAGAGAAAAGAAUAUAACAACAAUUUGAAGUACACGAAGCUUAUUGUUUACAAUAGCAUAUAGUACAAGUAUAUAAGCUAACUGGCGUCGCAGUGCGUGUGUGUGUGUGUGUGCGUGCGUGUAGUUGUUGCGCCAAAAAUUCCAAUCGGAAUUCUGGAACAGCUGGCCACAACAACAAAACGCGGCCAAUAGAAGAACAAUUUAGCUGCUGAAAAAUGGGCGACUUCGAUCUGAAUGUGGACAGUUUGAUACAGCGGCUGCUGGAGAACUUUAAAAAACAAAAAGAGGCCGAAGAGCACGCCCAGAAGCUGCUAAUCGCUCAACAAUUGGCCGCCGCCGGCGGAGCAACCGGCUUAUCCGCCUCAUCGCCCACAUCCAGCAGCAAUUACUCGUCGUUGGCGGCGGUGGCCUCCUCCUUUGGUUCCGCAUCCGGAUACGGAUCGGGAUCUGGUGCUGCUCCUGGUGCUGGUGCUGGUGCUAGUGCUGGUGCUGGGCCAGGAUCCAGCCAUGAUCCGCUGGACGAGCUCACCGAACAGCAGCGCCGCCUGCUCCAGCAAUACUCGAUAUCGCCGCCAAGCGAGACAAUGAUAUCGGCCGAUGGCGACCAAAUCACCGUCCAUCAUCCGCGCGAGGAGCCCAAGAAAUCCAGAUUGAAACUGCGCGAUUUUUUCGUCGCCGAGUUUGUGCCAACGCUUGACCAACGCCUGCCCCGAUUAGUGCGCAGCUGCCGAACGGGCAAGCAGGUCCAGAUGACGGAGGCGGAGGUGCGUGGCCUCUGCCUCAAGUCGCGCGAGAUCUUCUUGCAACAGCCCAUCCUGCUGGAACUGGAGGCACCGCUGAUCAUCUGCGGCGACAUCCACGGCCAGUACACAGACCUGUUGCGCCUCUUCGAGUACGGCGGUUUCCCGCCGGCUGCCAACUACUUGUUCCUCGGCGACUACGUCGAUCGGGGCAAGCAGUCCCUGGAGACCAUCUGCCUGCUGCUGGCCUACAAGAUCAAAUAUCCGGAGAACUUCUUCUUGUUGCGCGGCAACCACGAGUGCGCCAGUAUUAAUAGGAUUUACGGCUUUUACGAUGAGUGCAAGCGCCGAUACAACGUCAAACUGUGGAAGACCUUCACAGAUUGCUUCAACUGUCUGCCGGUAGCCGCCAUCAUUGACGAAAAGAUCUUCUGCUGCCACGGUGGCCUCAGUCCCGAUCUUCAAGGCAUGGAGCAGAUUCGACGCCUGAUGCGGCCCACAGAUGUGCCGGAUACCGGGUUACUGUGCGAUCUGCUGUGGAGCGAUCCCGACAAGGAUGUUCAGGGUUGGGGCGAGAACGAUCGCGGUGUGAGCUUCACAUUCGGCGUGGAUGUGGUCUCCAAGUUCUUGAACCGGCACGAGCUCGACUUGAUCUGCCGUGCACAUCAGGUUGUGGAGGAUGGCUACGAGUUCUUUGCGCGUCGGCAACUGGUCACGUUGUUCUCGGCGCCCAACUACUGUGGAGAGUUCGACAACGCCGGCGGAAUGAUGACCGUGGACGACACGCUGAUGUGCUCAUUCCAGAUCCUGAAACCAUCGGAGAAGAAGGCCAAGUAUCUGUACAGCGGAAUGAACUCGUCGCGACCUACAACACCGCAGCGCAGCGCCCCAAUGCUUGCGACCAACAAGAAGAAAUAAUAUAUCCAUCCGCUUCCAUUUCCUUAAAGGUUCAACAAACAACAGAAAUAAACUUUUACAUAGAUACACACAUAUAUAUACAUAUAAAUAUAAAGAAACGAUAGCAAAGGAGAGCGAUAGGCGAUAGUAGAGAAUGGGCAAAUGAUAAAUUAAAUGUGUGAGCUAUUUAAGCAAAAACAAAAGAAAACAAAACAAAAAAAUCGAAGUGCAUAAAUAUCAACAUCUAUGUGAAUCCGUCAUUAUCUGUAAACAUAUUAAAUGUGUUACUGGAUGUGGCAUCUGUAUCCAACUUGAUUACCUUAUCCGUGUACCUGCUAGUUGCAGCAGCAACAUCAGGAGCAGCAACAGCAACAGCAGCAGCAGCAGCAGAAACAGAAACAUCAGUGAAACACUCAGAGGCCCAUAGUUAAGUUGAUUCCUGCAUUUGAAGAUUAUCUGUUGAAUGGAAAUUGUGACAACGUCCCCGUAACAGCAGCUCCCAGAUCCAAAACUCCCGAAACAUGCAGAUAAAUAAAUACAUUAAAGGUACAGCGAUGUUAAGCAAUGAAUUUAUAUAUAGGCUUAUUAAUGUAAACUAUAUACUAUAUACUUAUAUAUUCAUAACUACAAGAGAGAAACGAAAACAAACCUAAACAAGAAGAAAACAAAAACGAAAACGGAAAGCAAAGUAUAUGGCCAUUGUGCGUCUCCUUUGGGGUUCGCACAGUGGAACCAAACCACAUGGACUAGCUAUCACUUUAGUUUUCCUUUGGGCCGUGCGCCGAGCUUACAAAAUUCGCUGCAAAUUGUUCGAUUUUUGGUUCUCUUCCUAUCGACUAAGUGCGCAUUACAAAUUUGUCUAACAAAAUAUUAAGAAAAAUCUAAAAAAUCAAAAAAUAAGAAAGAAAUUUAUAAUAAUAACGGAACGGAAACGAAACGAAACGUAACGAAAACCUAUAUUGUAAGCUUAAAACAGUUCAACUCUGUGUGUGUAUUUUAUUUAUUAUUUAUCUAUAAAUAUAAAUAUAUGUUCUUUUUGUCAUUGUUUAAUUAAUUUAUUGCUUACAUUGUAUUUAUAAAACGCAAAACCAUUAAUCCCUAACAACUAUUUUUUGUCAUUACAUUCGGUUUAAGUGGCAAAAUACUGUUAACGUGUUAAUGGGCAUUUAACGAUUGGGGCUUGUUUUUCAUUGCCUAAACUUUACCUAGAAAAACUCCAACCUAACUUAACUUGCCUCACACACAAAAAAAAAAAAAACAAGAAAGAAAAUGAAUAAUAAAUAAAAGAAUAUAAAAUUAACGAAUUUUAAAAGCAUUACUUCGAGUUCUUGAAACACCAAUUUUUGUGCAUAUUUAGUUUAUAAAUAAGAAAAACGGAAUUCGUUAGGAAUGUAGAAUUGGCGAGCAAGCGAAUGAGAAUAUAUAUGAAAAUAUAUAUAAGUAUAUACAGAAGGAACGAAAGAAAAACUAAUUUUUUAAUCGUCGUAACUUAUUAGAUUAUAGUGCCUUUUUUGCCUCCCAAAAGAAACAUCCACAAACGAUAACGAGCAUGUAAACUAACAAAUGGUUUAUAUAUACAGAUCAUAUACACAUAUACAUAUACAGCUAACGAAAGCUAAUUAUGAAGAAAAAAGAGUACUGCGUUUAUUUUGUAACAAUUAAUAGAGAGUAUUAUAAUCCCAUUUCAUUUGAAAGAUAAUUAAAAUUCAUUUAAAAAUUGUUAUUCUUUCCAGAAAUGUAUUUUGUAGUAGGUUUCAACUGAUUUGAGCUAUCUGGCAAAACACUUUCCAAACUUAAACAAAAUUAGAAGCUUUACAGAAAAAGGAAUAACUUGUUGAUGUUCCAUACUAAAAUGAAGUGAUUCCUUUUUGUUUUUGUCGAGAGUAUGUUGUGGUUUUAAAUCUAUACGCAUCGAAAAAAAAGAAUGCUGGCGGCAAACAAGUCAAUUAAUUGCAUUACAAGUAAACCGAUAAAGAAAUGAUUGAAAAUGUUAGAAAAACUGAAUUUGAAUCUGAAACUGAAACUGAAACUGUGGAGCGAUCUAGCAUUUUAGCUUUCAGCUGUUGUCUUAACACUAAUAUUUGUUGUUAUUCCGGAUUAUUAGCAAAAACACAUUUCCCAAUUAUCAACAUCCGUUUCGUGUGUGUGGGGUAUACAUAUGUGUGUGUGUGUGCGUGUGUGUCCUGCAUUCGCAUACUAGUUUUCAUAAAUAAUACACACACAUGCAAACAUACGAGAAUUUAUAUAUAUGUAAAUAUAUAUAUAUGAACAAUUAAAUAAAUAACAGUAACGAAAUAUACAAAGUACUACAGUGAGAACAGGAAGCGAAAAUGUGUAGA